AUGCAAGCUAUGAAGCUUGAAAAAGAAAAUGCUGUCGAUCGUGCUGAACAAGCUGAACAACGUCAAAAGGAUUUUGAAGACAAACUCAAAGCAUCUGAAGAAGAAAGUAAUGGUUUACAAAAAAAAAUCCAACAGAUCGAAUCUGAACUUGAUGCUGCUCAAGAACAAUUAGCUGAAGCCAACGCAAAACUUGAAGCCAAAGAGAAAGCUGCUACCGAUAAGAACGAAGAUUUUUCUAAAAAAAUAAUAUUAAUCAUGACACAAGAUAAUCUAAGUAUACUAUUGGCUAAAGGCCAAAUAAAUGCAAUUGAAUUUUAUAAUUUAUUUAAAAAUCGUCAUCCACAACUAUCAGUACCAUUACCAUCCCCACCACAAACAACAACAAUAAAAACAAAUAAAAAUAAAAUAAAUCGUUCAUCAACAUCAAAAUCACGCUUUUAUGCAUAUCAACAACCAUUACAACGAUCUAAUUAUGUUAUAUCAAAUAUUUUACAUAAUGAACGUAUUAAACAAAUUCGUCAGAAAUUUUAUGAUAAUGAACGUUUACGUGAUUAUCGUUUAAAUGAUGAUGAUGAUGAUACAUUUCAUUUAUCAUCAGAUGAUAAUGAAAUGUCUUGUUCGAUUUCUUCGACAUCAUCAUCAUCAUCAUCAUCUAAUUCUUCUUCAUCAGUAAAAAAUUCUCGUCGUCCAAUUAAACCCGGUUGUGAAAUAUAUCAAGUAUCACCAUAUUCAUCUCAAAUAACAUUCAAUUUAAAAAUUUCCAUUAUGCAAACUGAAGUUACAGAUAUUAUUAAUGUAUUAAAAGAGGCUGAAGCUGAAUUAGCUGGACUUCAACGUCGUUUACAAUUAGUUGAGGAAGAUCUUGAACGUGCUGAAGAACGUCUUACACAAACAACACAAAAACUUGAUGAAGCUUCACAUGCAGCUGAUGAAAGCGAACGAAGCCGCAAAGGUCUCGAACAACGUACAUAUCAGGAUGAUGAACGUAUUGCUACACUUGAACAACAAUUGGCUGAAGCACAACUUAUUGCUGAAGAUUCCGAUCGAAAAUAUGAUGAGGUCGCACGUCGUAUUGCCAUUAUGGAAGUCGAUUUGGAACGUGCUGAAGAUCGUGCUGAAGCUGCCGAAGCAAAAAUUCUUGAACUCGAAGAAGAACUCAAAGUUGUUGGUAACAAUAUGAAAUCACUUGAAGUAUCAGAACAAGAGGCCAUGCAACGUGAAGAAAGUUAUGAAGAACAAAUUCGUGAUUUAACUACACGUCUUAAAGAUGCUGAACAACGUGCCGAUUUAGCUGAACGUACAAUGGCUAAAUUGCAAAAGGAAGUCGAUCGUCUCGAAGACGAAUUACUUGCCGAAAAGGAGAAGUACAAGAGCGUAAGCGAAGAACUCGACAUGACAUUGAACGAAUUGUCGGGUUAUUAA